AUGGCAGACAUACUGGAGCUGCGGACGGAUGGAAACUCACUCCUGAAGGCAGUAUGGCUCAGACGCUUGAGACUCACCCGGCUCCUGCUGGAAGGAGGUGCAUAUAUUAACGAGAGCAAUGAACGUGGAGAGACACCACUCAUGGUGGCCUGCAUGUCCACACACACCGACCAGCAAAGCGUAAGCAAGUCAAAGCUGGUGAAAUAUUUGCUGGACCACCAGGCAGACCCCAACAUACAGGACAAAACAGGUAGGACAGCUCUAAUGCAUGCCUGCAUUCACAAGGCUGGACAUGAGGUGGUGGAUCACCUACUGAGCAACGGAGCUGAUCCCAGUUUGGAGGACAGGAGUGGGGCCUCAGCCCUGGUGUACGCCAUCAAUGCAGAUGAUAAGGAGACGCUUAAACUGCUCCUGGAUGCAUGCAAAGCUAAAGGUAAGGAGGUCAUCAUAAUCACCACAGACAAGUCACCAUCUGGUACUAAAACUACCAAACAGUACCUAAACGUUCCCCCAUCACCAGAGCUGGAUGAGAGAUCCUCUCCAGGAUACUGCACCUCUCCCUCUGAUAUUGAUGUUACUGCUCCCACACCUGAGCAAGAGCAACAAAACACAGUCUUCAGUUUCCAGACAAAGCUGAAAACCUCUACUUCAGCUGUGAAGCUUGCCAACGGGCCCACAUCUCCAACACGGCGGCCUGCAAACCCCAAACGUGCACGUUUGCCUCAGCUGAAGAGGCUGCAGUCAGAGCCUUGGGGGCUGAUUGCUCCCUCUGUCCUGGCUGCAGCUGCCGCCCAUGAGGAGAGUAAGAAAGCGAGCUCUGAUGAGGAUGUUGUUGCAGGGAUAAACGGACUUUCACUGAGUAAGAGAUCAGCUUUAUCUCGACAGAACAGUGUGGAUGGGAAGGACAGCUUAUUCCCACUGGUAGGUGAACAACCCUGCAAAAUGACAACCUCACUAUCUGUUCCUCCAACAUCUAAAGCAUCAUAUGAGAGAUCUCUAAGCCAGCACCAGCCCCUGGCACGGCGCAGCACUGUACCCACAGAGCAGGAGAGCAGCAGCUGCAACAGUGGACUAGCCAGUCUGAGAGACACAAUGCAUCGGAGACGUCUAGGGAACGAUCACUAUGACUCAGACUCACAGCUCUACUCAGACUCUAAGAUGUUAGACUCUCCUAAGGUCCCAGUGGAGCGAAGAAAACUAAACACUUCUCCGCUCGCGAUGCUGACCAGCUCCAGAGAAUCUCUAGACAGCAAUGCCAGCACAUCCUCUCCCAGCACAGCACGCAGGCGUGCACCGGGCCUCCUGGAGAGGAGAGGCUCGGGCACGCUGCUGCUUGACCACAUCUCCCACACCAGGCCUGGCCACCUGCCCCCUCUCAAUGUCAACCCCAACCCUCCCAUUCCUGAUAUCGGGGCUAGUAGCAAGCCCUCCUCACCUCUGGCCACAGGUAUUAGAUCUAUAGCUCCAGUAGCACCAAACACACCAAAGAGAGGCGGCCUCAAGUCCAAGAAGAAACUAGUGAGAAGGCACUCUAUGCAAGUGGAACAGAUGAAACAGCUUUCUGAUUUUGAAGAGCUGGCUCAUUAG